ACAUAAGAACUGAUAAAAAUGAUAAAACAAAUAACUAUCUUAUUGAAACGAGGAUAAAAUGUAAAACAAGUACAAACAUCUCACUAUUCACGUUGUCACAUUCAUGAAAAAUUACUAAAGUAGUAUUAUUAUAAUAGUAAAUUUAAAUGAGAAAAUGGAUUACAAAGAAGAGCAACAGAAUGAAAUUGAUGCAUUGGAGUCCAUAUACUGUGGUGAAAUGAUAAUUUCAAGUACAGAACCUUAUUAUCAAUUUGAAAUUCCUAUUAAAUCAGACGAGUUUGAUAGUGAUCAGCAUGACAUUGGUCUGUCGUGUUGUUUAAAAUUUGAAUAUGUAGAAAAAUAUCCUGAUGAUCCACCUAUUGUAGAAAUUGAAGAUGUUGUUGGGUUUGAAGAACAAGAAGAUGAGUUAAAAGAGUAUUUAAUACAACAAGCUCAAGAUAAUGUUGGGAUGGUGAUGAUAUUUACUCUGGUGUCAGCAGCACAAGAAUGGAUGAACAACUAUUCAGAUAGUGAAAAACAAAGAAAAAUAGAUGAUGAUGAUAAAAGACGUGAAAAAGAAAUGGAAGCUGAAUUAAAACGUUUUGAAGGUACCAAAGUUACAGUUGAAUCAUUUUUACGAUGGAAGUUUAAUUUUGAAGAAGAUAUGGGAGUUUUAAAAAAGCGAAAUGAAGAUGAAAAAAAUAAGAAACUUACUGGUCGUGAAUUAUUUAUGACUGAUAAAUCUCUCAAUGAAUCAGACUUAAAAUUCUUAGAAGAAGGAGAUUCGGUGAAAGUUGAUGAAUCAUUAUUUGAAGAAAUAGAUGAUCUAGAUAUUGGUGAUGCUGGAAGUUCUGAUGAAAGUUGAACAUUUUUUUUUUAGGAUUUAUGUGCAAAACUCAAAUUGUAAAUAUAAAAUACUUUAAAAAAAUUGUUAUAAAGUGUUAUGAAGUAUAUUAUUAUAAUUAUAUAUUAAUUGUUUUAUGUAUGUAAUCACUUGAAUCAUAUAUCAAUUAAUAAAUAAUAUGUUUUAUUUUUAUAACAUGAAAUAAAUAAAUAAUUCUUUUUA